CUUUAUAACAUCGCAAACUCGUUAUCAUCCCUUUAGAGAUCAGAGGGUGAUCAGAGCCUGCGUUUCUUCGACCUGUCCAUAACAGCAUCAGCAGUUUGAGCUGAAGAUUUGAUCAACAGAAAACAUGGCAGCUGAAGAUGGUAUUGUCCCAGUUGAGACCCCUGCCCCUCCCCCUGCUCCUGCUCUUGGUGAGCCAAUGGACACCAUGACUGCAUUACAACUUGUUCUAAGAAAAUCACUUGCUCAUGGUGGGCUUGUGAGGGGUCUUCAUGAAGCUGCAAAAGUCAUUGAAAAACAUGCUGCUCAGCUCUGUGUAUUGGCUGAAGACUGUAAUCAGCCAGACUAUCAAAAAUUGGUCAAAGCUCUUUGUGCUGACCACAAUGUCAGCUUAAUAACAGUUCCAAGUGCAAAAACUCUUGGAGAGUGGGCUGGUUUGUGUAAGAUUGAUUCAGAAGGGAAAGCAAGGAAGGUUGUGGGUUGUUCAUGCCUUGUUGUGAAGGAUUAUGGAGAGGAAAGUGAAGGUCUUCACAUUGUUCAGGAAUAUGUCAAAGCUAACUAGAUGUGUAACAAUGGAUCAAAAUACUUGAUUUGUCUUGUCGUUUUUGUGUGUGUGUGUGUUUUUUAUUGGAACUUUUUUUCUUUUCUUGUAGGAAAUUUUGGAUUUAUGUAGUAAAAGUUAUUCUUGAGUUUUCUUGCUUCUGUUGUUUCUUUAUGUAUGUGCUGUUAUUUGUGAUUGGAGGCCAACG